CUUCUCGGAGGAGACUCCGGGACCCCAGGGAGUAACAGGUGUCUGGAGGCUGAAGGGUGGGGGGCUUCCUGGACUUGGGGUCCGCUUGUGAAACUCCCCACCACCCUCUUCUCUCGCACCCACACACCCUCUUCUUUUUCUGUCCUUGGAAAAUGGUGUCCAAGCUCACGUCGCUCCAGCAAGAACUUCUGAGCGCCCUGCUGAGCUCCGGGGUCACCAAGGAGGUGUUGGUCCAGGCCUUGGAAGAGUUGCUGCCAUCCCCGAGUUUCGGGGUGAAGCUGGAGACGCUGCCCUUGUCCCCCGGGAGCGGGGCCGAAGCCGACACCAAGCCGGUCUUCCAUACUCUCACGAACGGCCACGCCAAGGGCCGCUUGUCCGGGGACGAGGGCUCGGAAGACGGGGACGACUAUGACACACCUCCCAUCCUCAAGGAGCUGCAAGCGCUCAACACCGAGGAGGCGGUGGAGCAACGGGCAGAGGUGGACCGGAUGCUCAGCGAGGACCCUUGGAGGGCUGCCAAAAUGAUCAAGGGCUACAUGCAGCAACACAACAUCCCCCAGAGGGAGGUGGUCGACGUCACGGGUCUGAACCAGUCACACCUCUCACAGCAUCUCAACAAGGGCACUCCCAUGAAGACCCAGAAGCGUGCUGCCCUGUACACCUGGUACGUCCGAAAGCAACGGGAGAUCCUCCGACAAUUCAACCAGACAGUCCAGAGUUCUGGAAAUAUGACAGACAAAAGCAGUCAGGAUCAGCUGCUGUUUCUCUUUCCAGAGUUCAGUCAACAGAGCCAGGGGCCUGGGCAGUCCGAUGAUGCCUGCUCUGAGCCCCCCAACAAGAAGAUGCGUCGCAACCGGUUCAAAUGGGGGCCCGCAUCCCAGCAAAUCUUGUACCAGGCCUACGACCGGCAAAAGAACCCCAGCAAGGAAGAGAGGGAGGCCUUAGUGGAGGAGUGCAACAGGGCAGAAUGUUUGCAGCGAGGCGUCUCCCCCUCCAAAGCCCACGGCCUGGGCUCCAACCUGGUCACUGAGGUCCGUGUCUACAACUGGUUUGCCAACCGCAGGAAAGAGGAGGCCUUCCGGCAGAAGCUGGCCAUGGACGCCUACAGCUCCAACCAGACGCACAGCCUGAACCCCCUGCUCUCCCACGGCUCCCCGCACCACCAGCCCAGCGCCUCUCCUCCCAACAAGCUGUCAGGAGUGCGCUACAGCCAGCAGGGAAACAGUGAGGUCACUUCCUCCUCAACAAUCAGUCACCACGGCAACAGCGCCAUGGUGACCAGCCAGUCUGUUUUACAGCAAGUUUCUCCAGCCAGCUUGGACCCAGGCCACAAUCUCCUCUCACCUGAUGGUAAAAUGCAGAUCUCGGUCUCAGGAGGUGGUUUACCCCCCGUCAGCACCUUGACAAAUAUCCACAGUCUGUCCCAUCAUAACCCCCAGCAAUCUCAAAACCUCAUCAUGACGCCCCUCUCUGGAGUCAUGGCCAUUGCACAAAGCCUCAACACCUCCCAAGCACAGAGCGUCCCCGUCAUCAACAGUGUGGCCGGCAGCCUGGCAGCCCUGCAGCCGGUGCAGUUCUCCCAGCAGCUGCACAGCCCGCACCAGCAGCCCCUCAUGCAGCAGAGCCCUGGCAGCCACAUGGCGCAGCAGCCCUUCAUGGCCGCCGUGACUCAGCUGCAGAACUCUCACAUGUACACACACAAGCAGGAGCCCCCCCAGUACUCCCAUAGCUCCCGGUUCCCAUCUGCCAUGGUGGUCACAGAUACCAGCAGCAUCAGUACGCUCACCAACAUGUCUUCCAGUAAACAGUGUCCUCUCCAAGCCUGGUGAUGCCCACACAUCACUCGCUUUGUGCACAGCAGCAAGGGUCCUGUUUUCCACACCGUCGCUCUCCGGGCAGCUGUCACGGAGAAGCCCAGUGACCUGACAAGCACCUGCAAGGGGUCCCUGCUUACCUGACGUCCUGCUGGUACCUUGGACAAUCUGUUCUCAGGAGACGCAGCCUGAAGCCCAGCUUCCCUUCUAUGCAGUAUUGUCACGAUGCCUCUCCCAGGAUGCCAAGUGCUCCCAUCUGUCCCGGAGGUGGGAGACGAGAAACCACGGGAGAGGAAGAGAGAAAGCCGUAGAGUCUACGUUGUGCUUCUUCGUCGAACAAACUGAUGUGAAAACUUGAAUCUGUUACGCAGCCGAGGAGAGGAGAACACGUGCUGUCGAACUGAGCCAAACACACUGUAAAUACCAGCUCCCCCUCCCCCACCCCUCCCAGCUGAUCUUCAGAUUUCUUUUAAAGAAGUAAAUUUGUCCAAUGGUGUAAACUAUAAACUACUGUAAUUAAGUGCAAUUUCCCCUCCUCUUCCCUGCCCCUCUGUCGUGUAUAUAGUACGAAAGUGUCUAUUAGUUUUCUUUGUAAAGGUCAGAGUUGAAUUUCCAAAGUGAUUUGUCCCUUUUCCCUUCCCCUGUGGAGAAACAUCCUAAGUCGGGAGUGACGCCCUUGCCCCCUCCCUCAGACCUGGACACACACAAGGACACUGUAUGUUUUGGACUGACUGCCAGCGAACUCCAAUCUCCUGAUGUUAAGUCACACCUCUGGAUCCCUGGAGGGGCCGAACAUAGUGUCAGGGGAAUGUCCUAGCUUCUUGUGGGGCUGGGGGGUUCAGCCGAUGCACCCCCAAGAAACCCCAAGGCAGGGAAACUGGCUGUUUGAUAGCAGAAGAAAAAGUUGUCCUUUCAGAUAGCCUCCCAUUAAAACUAUUUUAUCACUG